UACGGCUAAACCAAUGCAGCGCCCCUCAUGCCUAAAAACAAAACGCAUAGUUUUACACUAGGCCGUAUAAAUGUACUCCCGUACAUUAGCACUAGUUUUAUUUAAAGUGUAGUGUAUUUAACUACAUUCUUGGCAAAGUAUUUUGCACUGUUGGUGUUUGUUUUACACUGGAGACACCGGAGUGGGAUUUCCCAGCCUAUAGCCACUCAGGGAAGAUGGCGUCUGGUUGCUUAGCGCUCCCUUUUAUAAUCUUAAUCUGAUCGUGCUAUGGUAUAACAUUAAAUAAAAGCAAAACCCACACUCCAAAAGCUUAGCAUAUUACAUUAGACAAUGUCUGAUUCCGAGGAAGAAAGUCAAGAUAGGCAAUUAAAAAUUGUCAUCCUAGGAGACGGAGCUUCGGGAAAGACUUCAUUGGCGAUGCGAUUUGCACAAGAGGCAUUUGGGAAACAGUACAAACAAACAAUAGGCCUGGAUUUUUUUCUUAAACGAAUAUCAUUGCCAGGAAACCUUAAUGUUACACUGCAAGUCUGGGAUAUUGGUGGACAAACUAUUGGAGGAAAAAUGUUGGAUAAAUAUAUUUAUGGAGCUCAGGGUGUGCUACUGGUAUAUGAUAUCACAAACUAUCAAAGUUUUGAGAACUUGGAAGACUGGUUCUCCAUGGUAAAGAAAGUUAAUGAAGAAUCAGAAUCUCAGCCUGUUGUUUAUUUGGUAGGAAAUAAAAUUGAUUUGGAGCACAUGAGAACUGUAAAGGCUGACAAACACCAACGAUACUGCCAAGAAAAUGGCAUUAGCAGUCACUUUGUUUCUGCGAAGACUGGAGAUUCUGUAUAUCUCUGCUUUCAGCGUGUUGCUGCUGACAUUCUUGGCAUCAAAUUGAACAAAGCAGAAAUGGAACAAUCACAAAGGGUAGUCAAAGCUGAUAUAGUCAACUACAGCCAGGAGCCAGUGGCUCGAACUGUGAAUCCUCCCAGAAGUUCGAUGUGUGCAGUGCAGUGAAGCUCCCUCACAACGGACACUAAUACUUCCUCCCAGCGGUGCAGUUGUCCUACAGGAACUAGAAUUCUACAGUAGUCCUAGCUUCAGCAAGCCAUUUGAUGAACAGCGUGCAGAGAAGCAACAGGCAAUAUUGGUGCCUGGUCAAGGUUCAAGUUUGUGACUUAAGAAGAUAUUGAUUGUAGACUGUCUUGCUGUUCUUAUUUAAACAUUUUUUGUUUCUUAUUUUGUAUAAAGAGGGUUUUAAUAUGUAGCCAUUAUCAAUUCAUUCUUGAUAGAUUUAUCAAUAAAAGCAGCAUUUUUUAGUGCUGCUUAGAAAGAUUCACUUCAUGCCAUUUGUCUUUUUUGUGUUUUUUUAGUCUGUUUUUUUGUUUAUAAUUUAAUGUGUGUGGUUGCUUUGUGUGAGUGUGUUAAUGUGUAUGUGUAUACAACAUAUAUAAAUAUUACACAUACACACAGACAUGCAUUGGUAAUUUAUGAUGUCAGUCUUUUACUGUUGAUGAACAAUAUUAUUAGUAUUAUUAAUUUUUUCAUUCAUUUUGAUAUUUAAUAUGUUCAGUGUAAUCACAAUAUUGACCAUUAUUCAGAAUUAUUCCAAAAUAUUUUAAGAUUUGAAUGCCAGGGCUAAACUUAAUUAUUUCUUUUUUUUAUAUAAACAAGGCAAUUUCCUUGGUAUGACUCAACAUUGCAAUUGUGAUAAUAACAAAAAAAAUUGCAUGUUCAGAAUUACGCUUAAUAAAUUAUAGUCUCAAUAUUUUUAUUUAACUAACUUUAGUCUCAAUAUUUUUAUUUAACUAACUUUUUUGUAAUUUAAUCUAUAUUGAAAAUAUGAUGCCAGAGUGAGGCAGACAUUUUCAUUCUGAAGUGACAUUGGAGGCAGCUGGCUGCUUUAUUAUACAGUUGUUUCAGAAAAUGGGACCUUGUUGCUAAAUGUCACUUUUUUAAUGCAUAUUUAAAACAUGGAUUUGAGGUAAUGCUGGUAUCCUUGGUUCUUCAUUCAUAUUUAUGGAAAUAUCAAACCUAUUUAGACAUAUAUGAUGAUGAUAUAAUACAGUACAUUUUUAAUGGAUGAUUGUGUUUCCAUAAAAAUAAAUCACCUGGAUAAGUUCACAGUAUGUAUUCGGACAUAUGUACACUGUUUUAUUAUCUGGGUAUUGCACACUAUUUGCAGCAGUGGAAAACAUAAUUAAGUAAAAGUCUUGAAAAUGCUGGCUUCCAAUAUAACGGUUUCUGCUGCAGAUUGUGUGACGAUAAUACUUGAACAGUUUUGCAGCAUCUGUAAUUUAAUACAAAUUAUCAUAUUCUGUGUAACCUACAAAAAUAAAGUCCUUGAUUUAAACCAGGC